AAAGUUGUGGAAGAGUUAGCAAAUAUGGGCAAUGACGUUGUUGCGGUUACUUGUCUUGCUCAUGGUGGUGCUCCUGUUGUAACUGCAACCGAAAGAGGGUGCCAAUUUUUACUAAAUUCUGAAGAAUUAAACUUUCAGUUUAAAUUUGCUGAAUUUUUGAAAGCUCCAAUAGUCAAUAAGGAAAUGGUUGAAAAAAAUAAAUUAUGUACUAAAGUUGCAGAUAUUUUGAAUAAAAAAUAUGAAAUUAGUCGACUUGCUUUGCCAAAACACUUGCAACAAAGAUUUCGAAAAUGUCAUAUUCCAUACAAGAAAUAUGUUCCCACUAUUAUUAGUGCUCAUGGCUUACCUGAUGGACAGGUUUUAAGAUAUCCAUCAUCAAUGGGAACAGCCUUGUUAGCUAACAUUGUUGAAAAUCAAAAUGAAAUUAAUAUUGUUUUUGACUUGACAAGUUUAUUGCAUAUGGAAUACAAUUCAUUUGAAACACAUUUAUGUUCAACGGAAGUUAAUAGCGACUUAAUCGAGUCUUCUAUGUUUGCUAAUACUGAAUUAUUAUCAACAGAAAUAGAUUGUGAAUUUCAACCAGUGAGAAUAUCAAACUCAAACGUAAACGAAUUAAAUUUGUCAGAUGUUCAGUCUGCUUUUUGUUCUGAUGCAGAACAAGUUGUAAUAACAUCCAAUGAAGUUUGUAUGGAUCACGAUUAUGUUUAGGCGAACUUCCUUCAAUUAAGUAACAAUUUUUAAAUUUUUUUAUUUUAUAAAUGUAUUUUAAUUUUGUUCAAAUCCUCUUCUUUGUCUUGAUUA